GUCUUUCCACCAUUUCUUUGACUUCACCUUCUGUAAUUGAAAACUUUGUGUGGAAGGGUUGAUCCUGAGAUGGGGUUAUCUUUUAUCCCUUAAAAGCUCAAAAACAACAGUGGACUUGUUGUCUUAAAAGGGAGAGAAAAGGAUAGAAAGCAAGAAAGGGAAAGAGAAACAGAGAGAGGGGAAAUGGCAAUGCCAUGGGUUAUGGCCUUAUGGAUGGCAAAUAUGGUGUGGGUGGCACUUAUUGGAUGGGUUUCUUCUUGCUUGACUGUUGCUGAUGAGCUUGCCAGCUCUCUGAGAACUGGAGAUAUUGGUCUUUUUCAUGUUGGCUGAUCCUUCUCCUUAAAAAAAAAAAAAAAGAUCAUAUCCACAGAAGAGGAGACUAUUCUGCAGAAUUUGGAGCUCUCAAUCCUCUGCAAUUGUGCUAUGAAUGUUUGCAAGGUGUGAGAUUUAAAAGAUGAACGUUUCAAUUGUUCUUUCCAUUGCACUGAUGGUUGAACGCCAGCCAUCAUGAAUUGUAUAUAGAUCGGCGGCACUGUCAAUAUACCAAUGAAAGGAACGUUCGAUUUAGUUUGUUCUGUGUUGGCACUGCAAGGGGGGUGUGAUUUAUUAGUGAGCCUUGCUCCUGCAAGGCAUUAGAGAUAUGAAAUUAUCUUGACUGCUGUUUCUGCCUGUCACGCAAUUGUAAAUGAUUGUGAGACCUAUUAAUUUUAAUUAUUUUUCUUGCAUCAAA